GGAACGACGUGCGCUUGACUCUCUCUUGUCCCUCAGGGUUCUACUUGGGCCUGACUCCUACCACGAUACGCACCUUCCCUGCCAACAGAGCCCUCUUCCCGGCCUAUGGGCUGCGUCGCAGGUCCAUGAUGGAGAAAGCUGGUUACUCUUGGCACUUGAAGAAGGUGUUGCCUGAAACCCCCGAAAAUGAGAUGAACCAAAGUUGCAGUGUUUGAUUAGAUGUGACACAUGUUUAUCUUCUCUGCUGCCCACUGUGAUCAGUCACCUUUUCAAAAUGGUCUUUGAAAUCAAAGCAAGAAGUCAGAGAGUGGAAUACCAAUGGACCUCUGGGCAAAUUCAAGCAGUUCAGCUUAUCUGAUCAGAUGCAACAACAAUGAUGUAAAUGUAUUUUAACAUCACCAUAUUUCACCUGGGGUAAAGUUGUUUUCCUGGGGUAAACUUUUAAUAUUUUAAAAACUUUUCUGUUAGCUGAAGUAAAUUUGUAUUGCUCUGCCUCGCCACAAGAGGGCCACGUUCACUCUAAACUGCUGCAUCUGCAGUUAGCAGAAAAGACAAUGUUUCAAAACAUGAGAGUUAAAAUCACUUAGAAGCCAAAAGGAACUGCAUUUUUUGCCAAGUGUACAUUUGAGUGUGUGCAGUCUGUAAUGGCGGAGAAAAAAGAGUAUAAGUACAUUUAUUCAGUUUGGAAAUCAUUUUGAAAAAAAAAUGCAAACUGCUAGGAAUUGUCUUCGGUGGUGUAAUAAACAGAUCUUGAAACCAUCAAAAUAAUUUUUACUAAAUUACAAAAUAAACCCCUUGUGUGUAGUGUUGUAAACAAAUACCCCUGGAUUCACCUUGUACUGUAAGCUGGCUGUCAUGUGACCACGUAUCACGUGACAAUCAAUAAAAGGGACCCUGAGUUAAUAAUGAUGGCAACCGGGCGGCUCCCAUAUCAGUUGUUAGGGCUCCAGAGCUCAAACACACCCAGCGCUGGGCAGCUCCUCAUCACAGAAAGGACUUGGCUCUCAGAGACAAGCCCGUGAUUACGUCUCUUUUGUGCCUGCGCCAGCUCUCAGGUUUCACAAUCUGGAUGCAGGUUAUUGUUUAUUCAUCCUUUGCACGCAACAGGUGUCAGACUCCUGGAAGUGAAUGUGAGAUUACAAUGGAGGUUGUAGGUGAAUUUAAAAGCAUUAAAUACAGAGGCCACACAGCCUCUGUUGGCCCCCUGUAGGUGAGUACAGGAGCAUCACAGCGAGUGGGAGUUUAUGUGUCAGGCGCUGAGGGAAAAGAGUUAGGCCGCACCCCACGGGGGAGGAAGGACAAAUAAGUGCGGCACUGCUUCACUCGCUCCAUCACACCAAACAGAAUACUAGUUCGCUGAUGAACUCAAACACGGCGAGCACGGCCAUGAUGGUUACACAGAGUAAAGCUGAGAUCAACAGCGAGGAGAAUAUCGAAGCUAAAAAUGCAGGGAGACUGGGAUGUUUCGGUUGGCUGUUGGUCCUUUUAUCCAUCCUCUUUGUAACAGCGACCUUCCCAAUCACACUAUUUAUGUGUGUUAAGAUAGUGAAGGAGUACGAGCGGGCCGUCAUUUUUAGACUUGGCCGGAUCAUUGACCGGAAACCUAAAGGGCCAGGACUUAUGUUUGUUCUGCCUUGUACCGAUACCUUUGUCAAAGUCGAUCUGAGAACUGUGUCCUUUGACAUCCCUCCACAGGAGAUCCUAACGAGAGACUCCGUGACGGUGUCGGUGGACGGCGUGGUGUACUUUCGCAUAAACUGCCCCAUCUCAUCCGUGGCCAAUGUGUCCAACGCACACUCAUCGACGCGGCUGCUGGCUCAAACCACCCUAAGGAAUGCACUUGGUACCAAAAACCUUUCAGAACUGCUAUCUGACAGAGAGGGCAUAUCACUCAGCAUGCAGGAGUCUCUGGAUGAUGCUACAGAUCGGUGGGGUAUUAAGGUGGAACGUGUGGAGAUCAAGGACGUGAAGUUGCCUCACCAGCUGCAGAGAGCCAUGGCGGCAGAGGCGGAGGCUAGUCGGGAAGCCAGAGCGAAGAUCAUUGCUGCAGAAGGAGAGAUGAACGCUUCCAGGUCUCUGAAAGAAGCCUCCCUGAUUAUUGCGGAGUCACCCUCUGCCCUUCAGCUGCGAUACCUGCAGACCCUAAGCAGCAUUGCAGUAGAGAAGAACUCCACCAUCAUCUUUCCUGUGCCCAUAGAUAUAUUGCAGAAUUUUAUGAAGAGGGAAUGAGUGUUAUCAUUGUACAUUGCGUGUACAAUGCACAGACUACUUGUGCAAAGCUUCACUGUAUAAGAUUUCCAUAAUAUACAAUAGAAUAAUUAUCACUUAAAGAAAUAUCAAAAAACAGAACUUUUAGUUCAAUUAUUUUCCUCAUGUUGAUUUAAUACUUAAAUACAAAGUGUAACAUUUACAUUUGCUAAAGUAUCAUCACUGAUCACAAUAUUCUAACCAGUUCGGCUACGGUUGCGGUUUUGGAGAAAUAAAUAAUUAUAUAUAUGAAAUACACAAGGAAAUUAAAACGAAGGACAAUGCACAACAACCUUAUGAAGACAUGCUUUCAUUAAACCCCAUCCAGAGACUAACUUCUGAAAUACAAUCUUUACAGAACAGAAGUCCUGUAAACGUCCACAGGAAAGAUUGAAUGCAAACUGUAAACAAAUCCCUAUUCUUCUAGUGCCAAACAAACAUUCAGUAAAUGAGUGCACCGUCAUGUCCACAGGACACAGAGGCAAUCAGUGCACCCGGGGUACCUGAUGGAGAGAAAUAUCAUUUCCGCCCACAGACAGGCCCACCAAGUCAAACAUAAUCUACUUAAUGUCCCAACACUACAUGCAAAUGAACUACACCCGAGUCCUUGUUUGAGCAGAUUUCCAGAUUUUAUGGAUCUGAGGCUAUAUUUCUUUAAAGUAUUUGUGUAAAUCUGGUGAGGCUCUAUGUUCUUUAAAAUAUGUAUGCACAUUCUAUACAUCCAUAUCAUGUUUUUCAAAGAAUAUAUUGCAAAAUACACUUAAAAAAAGAAAUGUAUGGCAGUUACUUUCCCUUUGUUGACUCACGAUUCUCCUUGACACCUGAGACUAUUCUCUACAAUGAGAAAUAAUCUUUUUUUAUUUCAUAUCUUAAAUCUAUUUAAAAUUUUCAGAUAUAAUUCUACAUUUUUUAUUGUUGCUUUUAACAGAAAUUGUUUCAAAAGUUUCAAAUGGAAAAUACCGGUUUGGACGCCAAUAAUAGAUUAUUUCAUUAUAUUUGCUAUUGUUUCUCUCGUGAAUUUAUAAAACACACAGAAAACCACCAGGUACAAAUUGACAACUAAAUAAAGAUGAAAUGCAACGUAAUGAGCAAAUGUUGGAUUAGCAUGUGUAUGGUUCAUAUGGACUGCAGUGUCUGCAUCAUCAAUAGAGGAUUCUGCGUUGCUGAACUGCAGAAAUCUGACAACUUCAGCACACAAUAAAAAUAUCAGGAAUCAGGAGGAUUAUGUGUUUGAUGUUUUCCUUUUUGGUGGCGUUUUCAGAUCCAGCACGAAAUGACUGAAUUUCCUUAACUCGACUGAAGGGGAGGGGCACCAUCGUACAUAAAAAACAGGAGAUUAGUCAGCAAUGUUUAAUACUAUACUUCAAUAAUGAAUUAUUUCCUGGUACCUAUUGAAUAAAUCCUGGUUAAAACUUCCGUUGCUCCCUCACUGUAGGUAAUCUUACAAUUAAAUUCAUUACCGGAAGACAGAACAUGCUUUAAAGAGACAUACAUUUACAGUUUUUACAAAAUCAUUAAUACUUAACUAUCAUCAAUAGCUAUGCUGUGUCGGCAGUUAGAUGGAUUCAGGAGUUAUUUUGUCUCAACGAUACACUUGAUGUCAACAAUGGUGACCAGCUGUUUCAGGCAAACGCAGCAUGGAUGAUUUAGGUUAUAUGGGUUCAUUCAAACACAUCUGAUGUAUGAAAUACUUCAGCAGGAAAAGUCUAACGUACCAGAAGAAUCCCCACUUUGAGAGUAACUCGCUUUAGGUAGUUUAGUCAUUUUAGUUCAGCUUUCGCCUGUGCCUUGAUAGACGUUGCUGGUGAGAGAAAAUGGACGGCAAAGGCGCUUCUUGUGUUCUCUGUUGCACUCUCUCAUCUCAUCGUGAGCCCUGAAUGAGAAAUUGGUGUAGAUGUGAA